AUGCUUUCUGCCUCUGGGCAGCGUUGGACGCUCGGCCUCGUGCCUCUGGCCAGUGCUUUUUAUACGCAAUGUCUCGGCGAAGCUGAUAAAUUUCCUCGCUGUAAACAAGAGGAUCCAAACAUUAAUGAAUGCAUAAAGAAGGCAACUAAUGCUGUUAUUCCUCAACUGAAGGACGGAAUCCCGUCUCUUGGUGUACUAUCCCUGGACCCUCUGAAAGCUUCAAGCCUCGAUAUUGAUCAGGGUCAAGGUCCCAUUGCGUUGAAAAUAAAGUUCACCAACGUCUCGGUGGGAGGACUUUCCGAAUGCAAAGUUUCGAGCUCUGAGAUUGAUCUGAAGAAAUACACAAUGCGUUUCCGCGGUGAGAUGGAGAAAGUAACAUUCGACGCGGACUACGAAAUGAAUGGGCGCGUGUUGCUUCUGCCUGUUACCGGCAAGGGCCGAUGCAGGCUCAACGUCUCUCAUCUUAAAGGACUUCUGGACCUCAAAGGAAAAGGAUUAAUGAAGAAAAACAAAAACCAUUUUGACAUAACCGAUUUGACUUUGGAUCUGUACAGUACUGAAAAAUUGGAAUCCCAUUUCGACAAUCUGUUUAACGGAGAUAAAUCACUUGGUGAAUCUAUGAACACACUGUUGAACGAGAACUGGAAGGAACUGUGGGACUUCCUCAAACCAGCUUUUGACGAAGCGUUCGGUGCGAUAAUUCACCAGUAUUCAAGAGGCAUCUUCAAUAAAGUGCCUUUCAACGACAUCUUUUUGGAGUGAAACAUUGCUCAUCGGCGAUGUUGCGUCAUACAUAGACAUCACAUGAUCUUCCUUCUUAUUGUAAUAUACAUUACUUUGUUUAGGCUGCAGGGAAUGAUCAGAAUUACGCUUUUAGAAGGUGGCAGUCUAUUCUUUCACCUUCAUCUAAUAGUGAACACAAAAUCAUUGAGGAAAUUUGAACACAGAAACAAUGAACUAAAAAAAA